CACAGAUAACGGUGACACAGAAAAACGAGAAGGCACGGACACGGAGACAUCAUGCCGUCAUCGCGCCGCCAGCAUUGUCUUUGAUAAGAUAGUUUUGGUCAGUGUAUGAUACCUGGGUGUUGACCAAGAUUUGACCCCAAUGGGUCGAAAACAAAAUCGUUUAAAUUUAUGGACCCCCAGUUGUUUUCAUGGAAAAGUUUGAAUGAGACACAAUCAGAAACACCUCUCCAGAUGUGAAACGACAUCCGAGUUUAGUAAUAGUGCCCAUCCUUCUGUCUCUUUGUUUUGCUAGUCGCUGUACCGAAACUCGAACCCAAUUGGAUGUUUACGUGAACACGAAUGGUCUUCCUUCCUUUUCGACAGAAGUUACAUAAAUAACUUCAGUUGACCUGGUCCGGGAAGGUCAUUCAGUCAGAAGACGCUGAGGGGACAAGGAGUCGGGAGGCGGAUUUUUAUUCUAUCAAAAUGAGAGGAUCCUUAUUUCAAGUCCUAGUUUUCGUGAUUCUUCUGGAGUUAUUGGCAUGUGUUUGUAGUGCUGGCACUCUUCAGGACCGAUUAAACUUGAUGUGGGAACACACCGAUCUGGAUAAGGAUGAACGAAUGUCGAGAGGGGAGCUGGCAAAUAUCUACAAUUCAUUCGAUGUUGACCACAACGGGCGGAUCCAUCGGGAAGAGUUCGUGAAUGAGUGGAUACGGCGCACGCCUGGUCCGGGGGCUGAGAUGCAAGCCCGCGGUAUCUUCCAAGUGGGCGAUGUCGACCACAACGGAGUCAUUGCAGAGAACGACCUGGCUGAUCUCUUCGUUCAGUUUGACCGCAGAAGAGACUAUACGGUCACCAAGAGAGAAUUCAUGUUCAUGUGGAAAGGUAUUUUUAAGGCCCUUGCCGGAAGGAAAAGAAGGACUGCGGACUUCAGCGCUCUGUAUAAAUAACCACGGACAAAAGCUUCUCAUUUUAAAAAGAUGACAUGGAACGAAAGCCUUGUGUAAUAAAAGUCGAUAAGGAAAUAUUUUAGGCCUAUCUAUUCGACGUGAUUUCGCUCAUUGCGAUUUUUGCGUUGUUUUGGUGCAGUGCAGCGUGAGAAAGCACUGCAUACGAUUGCGACAACGCAUCCGGCACCGAUCCGGCAGCACAGUGCUUCGUUAUUUCGUGCCACACUGCACCCGGACAGCGCAAAAAAAAAUCGCAUUCGUUGUGAAAUACAUGCGAAAUCGCGUCAAAUCACAUUCAGCGGAAAUUCCCUUACCCUGCACUUCACUUUAAACAAUUUAAGCCUGAGCUUAAAUUGAGUUCGUCGCAUAUUGAGUUCGUCGCAUGAGUGAAAAAAACGGACGAAAUGCAUUAUUCGAAAAACUGCAUGUAUGGUACUUAAGUAUAUAUUCACUGUGUAUGGGAUCUCCAACGCAUUCAACGCGACGUGCGCUUUGGCAAUAUACAUGUAUGUUGACAUCGUAGCUCCGACUGGCUAAUGCGAAGCAUGCAAACACAGGCUUGUAUGGUGACCCUCAGUACGUGUGCAGGUGUGAGUUUCCCGCUGGCAACAUAUUCUACGCGCUAAGGUAUUAGAUAUAAUGGGUCUCUCUUUAACAUUAUCCUAUUUCGUCAUAAUGAUACAAAAAGCAAUUUCCCCGGGGGGCCGGGGGAUAUUGAUGCGAAAACGAAUACAGUCUGGAUGCCACAUAUACCGAGUGUACACUUUAUCCCCAUAUGACCUUACAACUCCCAUGACAUUAUUGGUUGCAUUUCGAUCAAAUGAUCUGGUCCUUUUGUGGUUCAUUUUAUAGGAAAUUCGAUGUCUA